UCUUACUCUCCGUCUCCAUCCUUUGCAAUCGCUGCCUCGCGCUCACUGCAUCUCAUCUUACCAGUCUCUGCAUCGCAGUAUGGCAUCCCCCGCACCAACGCACACAUCAUCCGGCACCUUGCUCUUGCGUAGACAACUUACGGAGCUCACGAAGCGUCCCGUCGAGGGUUUCUCUGCAGGUCUUGUUGAUGAUAACAACCUCUACGAAUGGGAGGUGAUGAUCAUUGGUCCACCAGAUACUCUUUAUGAAGGUGGUUUCUUCCGGGCACGUUUAAGUUUCCCUGAAGACUUUCCACUGUCACCGCCUAAGAUGCGCUUCAUUACACCAAUGUGGCAUCCGAAUAUCUAUCCUGACGGCAACGUCUGCAUCUCCAUCCUACAUCCUCCCGGUGAGGACCAGUACGGUUACGAAGAAUCUGGAGAGCGGUGGUUACCAGUGCACACAGUGGAGUCGAUCCUUCUGAGUGUAAUCUCGCUUCUCUCUUCGGACAAGCCCAAUCUUGACAGUCCAGCCAAUGUCGAUGCCGCCAAGGAGGUGCGAGAGAAUUUUGAAGCUUACAAAAAGAAAGUUCGCCGUCUAGUGCGACGGAGCGCAGAGGAAGCGUAUGAUUGAUUUUACAUGUCGGAAUUAUUCUACGCUGCGGUUCUGCACUAAGGUCCUCCGGUCUCUUAUCCGUCAUUGAUUUUUGUCUCUCGUAAUGCUCUUACGACCUACACGAUAUGACUUAUUCCCUCAACCACCACUUUGCUUUCUUCAUCGGGCCCUCGGCCAUCUCAUUUCGUGACUAGUUUGCCAACCUCCACCCCGUUUCCGAACCGUCAGACACCUCCCUCACGAUUUCUUCUGUAGCUCCUGUUCGGCAUCAUUUUUCUUACGUCGUCAUCUUCCUCAUUGUUGUCGGUCUUUGCAACGCGGUCAUCUCGUGUCCUAUAUCGUGAAUUAUCAGAAUUAUCAAUAUGACCACCGUUGUCCUAUUUUUAGAUUCGGGUGUUGUUCUGGCAGGCUAGUAAUUCUAUCCGCUAAGGUUGUACCAGGUUGCCCCACAUGCGAGCGUACGAUGUUAGCACGGGUUUCUUGAAUCAAACGUUUGGUCUAGUACGUAUCUCAACAUUGGACGUGCGGUAUCUCAUUAAGCGAUUUCUAGUUUCGGGUAACGAUCAUUUUUCAAGCCGCCAUUCUGUACUUCUGUGUCUUUCUCAGUCACUAUAAGUUUGCACCACUC